GCGAUAUACAGCUUCUAUAUCUGAAGGGAAGGUAUUAAUAAAUCAUCAGACUUAAUCUAUUAAAUUUAUUGUCUUCUUAAACGAUUACAAACACUUUUAUAAGAGGAUAGCCAAUACUUUUCGAUCUCCAUUUUGUUGAUAGAGUUAGUUCUUUGUAGACAGGAAUGAUAUAGAACAAGAUGAGUGUUAAGUUAAAAUUGGACCAUCUGCUGGUAGUUUUGAGCGCCAUAGCUCUAACUUCAGCUUACAGACUACCCACUACGAUAAACCCAACUCACUACGAUGUGCAUUUGAAUUUCUCUCAAGAGAUAUUCAGCGGGCAAAGUGACCAGUUCACUGGGUUUGAAAUAGUGACGAUCAGACCGAACCAAAACACGCAGACCCUACAGUUCCAUGCUGCUCACGACUUCAUAACCAUCACCAGUUUGUUCGUCACUAGCACUGACUUCACUUCUAACAUAGUAGUGGACAAUGACACGGACAUUGUCACUGUUAAUUUGGGGGCAACUCUAGUGGCUGGAUUUACGUACCAACUGACCAUCGAAUUCACUGGGAGACUGAGUACCCAGGACAUGUACGGUUUCUACAGAAGCAGCUACACAACCGGGGGUGUGACCAAGUACCUGGCCACCACGCAAUUCCAACCUGUAUAUGCCAGAAGAGCUUUUCCAUGCUGGGACGAGCCAGCAUUCAAAGCUACGUUUGCUUUCUACAUUACCCGUCCACAAGGUGUCGAUGCUUUGGCCAAUAUGCCUGGAGAUUUUCACAACACUACCGAUUUGAUUGGUGAUGAUCCAUCUCUGACCACUACCGAAUUUGAAACAACCGGAAUAAUGCCAACCUAUCUGGUAGCUUUCGUCGUAUCUGAGUUCACCUGUACCCAGGCACCUAGCAAUAACUUUGGAGGAGUACCAUACGGUAUCUGUUCGACGAGCGACACUGCCAACUUGAGACAGUUUGCUUUGGAUAUUGGACCAUUACUUUUACAGAGUCUGAACACCUUUACCAACUACGCAUAUGGAAGUAUGGGAUUCCCAAAAUUGGACCAAGUAGCCAUUCCAGAUUUUGCAGCGGGUGCCAUGGAAAACUGGGGUUUGGUAACAUACAGGGAACGGUUUUUGCUUUACGAUGAUGAUCUUUCCACCAACGCCGACCAACAGAACAUUGCCACUAUCAUAUCCCACGAAUUCGCCCAUAUGUGGUUCGGAAACUUGGUCACCAUGGAAUGGUGGUCUGAGCUUUUCUUAAACGAAGGCUUCGCCACUUAUUUUGAGUUCUUCACCACCCAUGAUGUACUGCCUUCGUGGGAACUGGACAAACAAUUUGUUACCAGAACCCUGCAAAGAGUUUUGGAAACUGACUCGCUGGCUUCGUCUCAAGCUUUACAAGCACCAGCUAAUACCGAUGCUCAAGUUAUGACCCGAUUCAAUCAGAUCUCCUAUUUGAAAGGAGGAAGCGUUCUUAGAAUGGUUGAACACAUAAUUGGUACAAACAACUUCAAAGCAGGUCUUGCAAACUAUCUAGAAGCAUAUGCAUUCCAAAACACAUUACCUGAAGACCUAUGGACGUACUUGGAUGCAACGUUAACUGGCGAGGAAAGAGCUAGAUUGCCACAAGGUACUACAUUAGGACAAGUGAUUGAGAACUGGAUAACAAAGCCUGGAUAUCCUUUGAUUGACGUCAGGUGGACUAGCCCAGCAUUUGUUAUAAGUCAAAGGGGACGAUUUUUACUUGAUGGAACUACAACCAACGACACAUGGUAUGUUCCUAUAACUUAUACCACAACUCUUACAGGAAGCUUCGAGAACACUACUGCCAGUGAAUGGUUGGAACCAAUUGGAUUUCUUGAAAUACAGCAGACUAGCUCCAGUUGGAUUAUUCUUAACAAUCAAGUUACAGGUUUCUACAGAGUCAACUACAAUAAUCGCUGGGAAAGUAUAGCAGAAGCUUUGGCCGUAGCAGGCCAAUCGAACAUUCCCGAGGUCAACCGAGCCUCAAUUGUGGAUGACGUCUUCCAUUUGGCCAGAGCUGACAUACUAACCUACGACAGAAUACUGACAUUGGUCGAUUUCUUGUCUAUCGAAACGUCUCAUCACGUUUGGGUACCCGCUAUCAACGGCUUCAACUUUUUGUUAAGACGUGUCGGAGAAAAUACAGCUAUUGGAAGAGAAAUUGGGAACCAUUUCUUGCAAUUGCUGACCAAUGUGUACAGCACUGUUCCAUGGACUAGAGCCGACAGCAACGAUCACGCUUACAGUUUGAAACAAAACGAUAUUUUGGCCAUAGCAUGCCGUCUAGGAUUAUCCAACUGCGUGAACCACGCUCUGGAACGCUUUGGAGAGUACCGAUUGACUUUUACUUUGCCAGAAAAAAAUCUGAGGACCAUCGUUUUCUGUAACGCUCUGCGGUACAGUCCAUCCUCAACGAAUUUCAAUUUGGUCUGGAACAGAUACCAGAGUUCCAGGGACUCUGGAGAACAAGUGAAUCUGUUGAACGCACUAGGAUGCGUCAACGAUGAGAGUUUACAACAACAAUAUUUAGGAUAUUCAAUCAAUGCCAAUUCUGGAAUUAGACCACAGGAUGCCAUCACAGUAUUUACUAGCGUCUACAACGGAAAUCCAAGUGGAAUUGACGUUGCUUUCAGAUUUUUGCAACAAAAUUACUUGCAGAUUGCUGAAAGGUAUCAGAGUAUGAAUGCCUUAUCUAACUUAAUCACAGGUUUAGCUGAAAGGUUUACUACAACGGCUCAGAUUGAAGAGCUAAGGACGUUCAUCAAUUCCAACAACUUAGAAGAAGAUUUCCACAAUGCGGCCACAGCAGCUCUGACAGCAGCAGAGAACAAUUUGGCGUGGACUACUCAGUAUUUACAAACGUUGCACGAUUUCUACGGAUUGGACAUCAACGCUACCAGCACUACAUCUACAACUACUACAACUACUACGACCUCGACUACAACUACAACCACAACAACAACUACUACUACUACUCCGGCUCCAACGACAGUAACUCCUCAACCCGGCGCUGCUAGUACUGCCUCAUUGAGUUUCUUAUUUAUCUUAUUAUUACCCUUAAUAUUUUUAUUUGUCAAUCAUUACAACAUUGUCGACAACACUAGUCGGCGACACAGUCGCCGGCAAAUGUUGCUUUGGUGGAGACCCGGCUUAAGUCUUGUCCUGGUCGGUCUUGGUGUUGCAGAUCUAACGCUAAUCUUGGUCUUGGACUACUCUGAUCAAUCUUUUUUCAACAUGUUCCUAUUUCUUGGGAUCUUGCUGAGUCUGGGCUGCUUAACGAUCGCCGACGACUACAGAUUGCCCACCAACCUGAACACCACAAGCUACCAUGUCAGUUUGUCCUUUUCUUCUGAGAUUUUUACCACCGUAAAUGGUAGCGCAUAUACAGGUGUUUCUAAUAUAACUUUUACCGCUCUCGAAAAUACAACCACAGUAGUGUUGCACGCCAGUGCUACGUACAUAAAUGUCACUGGAAUUGUUUUUGCUGAAGAAGGAGUAGCUGUUAGUAAUUAUUCAGUUAAUGCAACAACUGAUAUACUCACGGUAUAUCUAAACGAAAGUUUGGUUAAAGAUCAAUCAUACACCAUUUCAUUAAGUUUUGAUGCCAAUGUCAGUACUAGUGAUAUGUACGGUAUAUACAAAAGCAGCUACACUGAAUCAUCAGGUACAACUUACUACCUCGUUUCAACUCAAUUUGAAUCUACCAGUGCCAGGAGAGCAUUCCCGUGCUUAGAUGAGCCCAGAUAUAAGGCUACGUUCACACUCGAACUCACUUAUCCCAACGGAUUGACGUCUCUUUUUAACGAAAAAAUCAAUACUACGUCAGCAGGUGACAGCUUUACUACAACGACGUUUAAUUCUUCACCUAGAAUGUCUACUUAUUUGGUAGCCUUGGUUGUAUCUGAUUUUAAUUCAACCUCUGGUGAUGCUUUAGAAGGAAGCUUAGAGAAUAAGGUUUGGUCCCGAAAUGAAACAGCUGACCACAGAGCUUGGGCUCUGGAAGUGACACCGUCCAUUGUAGAACAUAUAAAUGCUUACACUGGAAUUAACUACAGCCACUCGCUCUCCAAAUUGGAUCAGGUAGCAAUUCCAGACUUUGCCGCAGGUGCUAUGGAAAAUUGGGGUUUGAUCACCUACAGAGAACGGGCUUUGCUUUAUGACGAGCUGGAGACCUCAAACGCCUACAAGCAAUACAUAGCAGCUGUAAUAUCCCACGAACUAGCCCAUCAGUGGUUUGGAAAUUUGGUUACUUGUAAAUGGUGGUCUGAAAUUUUCCUGAACGAAGGAUUCGCCACGCUGCUCGAAUAUUUAAUUACUGACGAGGUUUUGCCCGAUUAUCAAAUGGACAAACAAUUUGUCAUUAAAAUUGUCCAAGCCAUUCUGGAAGGUGAUGCUGCUACUACUGAAGCUUUAAGAACUAAUGCUUCUACUCCUAGUCAGAUAUCAGGAAGGUUUAGUAGCGUCAGUUAUAACAAAGGAGGAAGUGUACUUAGAAUGGUGGAGAAUAUUCUUGGAAAGGAUCAAUGGAGACAGGGUCUAAAUGCCUACUUGAACGCCUAUUCAUACGAUUCUGCUGAACCAGACGAUUUGUGGAACGCCAUAGACGGAUCUCUUAACAACAGUGCAAGCUUGCCAGCAAAUCUAAGUACGGUACUAUCCAGUUGGGUAAAUUAUCCAGGAUUUCCCGUAUUGAGUGUUAGCUUAAACGGAUCUCUUGUAACAGUCAGUCAGGAACGUUUUGUGUACAAUAGCAGUCUCCAAUCAAACACUAGUUGGUACGUUCCAGUUACCUACACUACCUCUAGUGAUACAUCUACCUUUUCUAACACUACCCCAUCAUUGUGGGUGACACCUGGAAGCAAUUUGACAUUUAAUAUUUCUUCAAACGAGUCAUGGAUUGUUUUAAAUAAUCUUCAGACAGGUUACUACAGAGUCAACUAUGAUUCAACAUUGUGGACCAGACUAGCCAGUGCACUUCAACAAUCUAAUUUCUCCGAUAUUCCUGAUGUGAACAGAGCUCAAAUCGUCAACGACGCCUUCAAUCUGGCCAGAGCUGGUUCUCUAUCAUACGGCAGUUUGUUCAAUAUUACUGAAUUUUUGGCUAGUGACACUUCUUAUAUAGUCUGGUACCCAGCCUUCAGUGGAUUUGACUUUCUGUUGAAGAGAAUCGGCGCCAAUUCAACGCUGGGAAAGAAUAUCUCUGAUCAUAUUGGUCAACUGUCUCAAUCUGUGAUUGCAUCUGUACCGUUAUCAUUCACCAAUGCAUCUGAUCACAUUUACACCCUGGGUCAAGUACAAGCACAAUCAUGGGCAUGCAAGUUAAAUAAUACGAACUGUACUAAUACUGCUCUGGAACUUUUCAGCAAUUACAGCAGUACUUCUGUGAGACCAGACAAAAACCUGAGAUCUAUAGUAUACUGUUACGGAUUAAAACACAGUACUAACAUCAGCAGAGACUGGGAAUUCUUAUGGAAUGCCUUCUCAAACACGUCAUUAUCUACUGAACAAGUUACCAUUUUAGCUGCUCUGGGAUGUUCUUCAAACGAGUCAAUUUUGCUCGGGUAUUUGAACAAGACUUUAACCGAUGAUAGCGGUAUAAGAUCGCAGGACUAUGCUUCUGUUUUUGCUGCCGUUUACCAAAAUAGCGAGAUAGGUGUGGAUGUAGCUUUAGAUUUCUUCUCCGAUAACUACAACUCGAUUUUGGAGCGAUACACCAGCUUGAAUGCCGUUGGGAAUAUUUUGAGAAAUAUUGCUGAACUGAUAACAACCGAAAGUCAGCUAACCAAAUUGAAAACUCUUGUUUCUUCGGGGAAACUGAACGGUACAAUUCUUGAAGCUGCCCAAUCAGCACAAUCGUCAGCAGAAAACAAUUUGGCUUGGGUUAGUACCUACAGAAGUGAAUUGCUCGAGUAUUACGGGUUGGCAGACGAUACAAGUACCACCACCACUAGUACUACUACCACGACAACUACUACUACUACUACUAGUACAACUACUAGUACGACUACUACAACAGAAUCCUCGACCACGCCAAGUGGAGCAGCUCCUGAGAGUUUACUUACAAGCGUCUUAAUGAUAUUCACUGUUUUGUUAUUGAAGCUUUACACCAAAAACCAAGUUUUUUGGUUGUUAGAAACGAUGGGCAAGUAUUUGUUCGGGCUGGUUGUUUCCUGUUUUCUCCUGAGUUGUUUUGCUCAGGAUGAUCCAUACAGGUUGUCGGGAAACUUGAUACCUUCUGCUUAUACCAUAGACCUCACAGUUGCGGAAGAUGUCUUUACUACAGCUAGUUACUAUGAUUUUUCAGGAGUCGUUGGUAUAACUUUCACAACUGUAGAAGCUACUAGCGAAAUCACACUACAUCGGAGCUCCACUAUAUCGAUUCUUUCCACUUCCCUUACUCAAGUAGGAAGUAGCGCUAAUACGUAUACUUUAACUGAAGAGUACAAUUCGACAUUGCAAUUUGCAACUUUUACUUCUUCAGCAACUUUAACUGCCGAAACCACAUAUCUUUUAACCAUCUCAUAUAAUGGAGUUUUGGAAGGGCAAACCAUGCGUGGCUUCUACAAAAGUUCCUACACCGACGCCAAUGGAGACACCGUUUAUCUCGUAACCACCCAAUUUGAACCCACUUCUGCCAGAUUUGCGUUUCCAUCUUUUGACGAACCCGACUACAAAGCAACUUUCGAAGUUAGCAUCACUCAUCCAGCAUCAGUGACAGCGCUAUGUAACACAGCCAAUUCAAGUAUAGCUGCUACAUCAGACCCAAAUGUAGUGAAAACCUCGUUCUACAAAUCGCCAGUAAUGUCAACUUACUUGGUGGCCUUUAUAGUUUCUGUAUUCACUUGUUCUGAGGGAGAUACUAUUGAACAAAGUAUCCCACAUAGAGUCUGUUCAAGACCCGAAGAGGAAUCUGCCAGAGACUGGGCUGUAGAAAUCGGGCCUCCACUUAUGCGGGCUCUUGAAAGUAUUACUGGCAUAAAAUAUGGUGAAAAAAUUGGAAAGAUGGAUCAAAUUGCUCUACCCGACUUUUCUUCCGGUGCUAUGGAAAAUUGGGGUUUGGUAACCUACAGGGAAACAGGAUUGUUGUGGGAUAGUGAAGAAUCAUCAAACGGUUACAAGAAAAGCAUAGCCACAGUCAUUGGCCACGAGUUUACCCAUAUGUGGUUCGGAAAUCUGGUCACUUGCAAGUGGUGGGACUACCUCUUUUUGAACGAAGGUUUCGCCAGAUUCUACCAGUAUUUCGCAGGAACUGUGACCAAACAGCUUAUAAGUUGGGAACUUGACAAACACUUCAACGUAGAACAAGUCCAUACUGCUCUUUUGGCGGACUCCUAUCUCACUAGUCAAGCAUUAACAUCGGCUGCAUCAACACCAACUCAAAUUUCCAAUAAGUUCAGCACUAUCAGUUAUAACAAAGGGGCAUCAAUCUUACGUAUGAUUGAAACUGCUAUCAGUGGGCCAGAUAAUUUUAUCUACGGAAUUAGGAAAUAUCUCACCGAUUACGAUUCCCUAGGUGCUACGCCCGCAAAUCUGUGGUCAAGUUUAGCCAACUACGUGUCUUCAAAUCGGCUACCCAGUGGCGUAUCUCUGAGCGAUGUUCUAGAAAAUUGGGUAGAAAAAUCAGGUCACCCGGUGGUGACAGUCACUACGAGCGGUAAUGACGUCAUUCUGUCUCAGCAAAGAUUCUUGCUCACCGGCAACGACACCACUGAAUACUACGUUCCCAUAUCCUACACCGUAUCCAGCGACAUUUCUAAAUUCUCAAACACCACAGUUAAAGCCUGGCUAGUACCUGGAUCGACCCUCACCUUGAGUGGGGUCUUGGAUGGCAACAGCUGGAUCAUCCUAAAUAACAGACAAUCUGGAUUUUACAGAGUGAACUAUGAUAGUACUCUCUGGUCAGCAAUUAAGACAGCUCUACAUGCCAAUCAUCUCAACAUUGAUGUGCUGAACAGAGCUCAGAUUGUCAGCGAUGCUUAUAAUUUUGGUAGAGCUGGAGCAAGUACUGUGAUGAGCGAUUUCAGUUACAAAGAUGUUUUGGAUGUUUUAAGGUAUUUGGAGCACGAGGUUGAGUACUAUCCUUGGUAUGCGGCUAUUAUUGGAAACAAUCAUAUCCUGACAAGAAUUGGAUACGAUUCUACUGAAGGAAAGCAGUUUUCUCAAUGGAUGCUAAAUCUGCUCGAACACGUCUACUCUACUGUGCCUUUUGACACCAUUGACAAUGACGACCAAGUCUACACCAUGAAGCAAGUGCUCAUAUUAGGAAGGGUAUGCAAAUAUGGAGAAAGUACAUGCAUAACAAAGUCAAAAGAAUUGUUCGCCGAUUACAGAAACAAUGGAAACAAGGUCCCUAAAAACUUGAGGGCAAUUGUUUACUGCAAUGCUCUAAGAAACAGCGAUGACGUAGAAGGUGACUAUAACUUCUUGUGGAGCAAGUACGAAGAGACCAAGCUUAUGUCCGAAAUUUUAACCAUCUUCAGUGGCUUGGGAUGUUCGGCAGACAAAACCAUACUGAAAGGAUUCCUUGCUCAAUCCAUAAAUGCCUCGUCUGGAAUAAGAAUACAAGACUUCUCAUCAGUAUGGAGCUAUGUUUAUGCAAACAGCGAUCUGGGUAUGGAAGCUGCGCUGGAAUUCAUUAAAGAAAAUUAUGAUGCCAUGAAUUCAUAUUACAGUGGUAGUGCUUCAAGUUUGGUUGGUACGAUAUCUGGCUAUUUGUACUCUACCGAUCAAUUAUCGUGGUUGGAAGAUCUGUAUAGCGUUGAAAACUUGUCAAAUUCCACUGUCACAUCGGCAAUUGACACAGCCAAGGGUAACAUUGAAUGGGCGUCAAGUAGAAGACUGGAAAUUAGCGAAUUUUUGGUAGCCCAAACGACUGGCAGUGGUUUCUCCUAUAAACCAUCAAUUCUUGUAGCAUGCGUUUUGUUGUUGUUGCAAAGACUUUUGUAAAUAUAUAAGUAAUUAUUUAAGAAAUAUAAGUAAUUUUAGUAUA